UCCAAAGCUUAUCAAUUCUAUCACACAACAAGUCUCUCUCUCUUUCUUACAAGCCUUCACUGUGGUUGAAUCGAAAAGCUAUGUCUCAGACUGUUGUUCUCAGAGUGGCUAUGACAUGUGAGGGAUGUGUUGGUGCUGUGAAAAGAGUCCUUGGGAAAAUGGAAGGCGUGGAGUCGUUUGAUGUGGAUAUAAAGGAGCAGAAAGUGACGGUGAAAGGUAACGUGCAGCCAGACGCUGUAUUGCAAACAGUAUCGAAAACCGGAAAGAAAACGGCUUUUUGGGAAGAGGGUGAAACUGCCAAGGCCUAAGGGAGAAGCAGAGCAUUUCAUGUGUCUCUCUGUUUUGUUUUUAAUAAAAUCUCUGUGGAAUCCUGUUGAAUGGUUCAUCUCUGGAGCUACCCCCUUCUGUUUAAUCAUUUGAGUUGUUGUCUUUUGUGAUAUUUUUUUUAAUAAGACCUAUCAUUUCCCAAUAUUAAUCUGUCAUCUUUAACAAAAUGUUCUACAUAACCUUCAAUGGUGUUACUGUUUGGUUUA